AUGGCUGAUCUUAGAUUCCUCCUCGUUGCCACAUUUGCAGUCAGUGUCGUUCACACUGAGGCAGGACAGAACACGUCAUUGUAUUUCAGGAAAACUCCACAGUCAGUUGAUGUGCUGGUUGGCACUUCAGUGACAUUCGAGUGUCAGGCCGGGUGGGCAGCUGAGCGAGUGAGAUGGCAAGUCAACGGCAGUGUCUGGGACAUUGGAGAUCCUCCGAGCUACGACCUGCUGAUCUCUCCCGAUGAAACAUGGAACUCCUCCGUCUACUCACGGACACUGAAAGCUGAGAGACGGUACAAUAACACUGGGAUUCAGUGUGUCCUUACUCUGACACCAGGAGGACAAAAGAUCUGCAGCAACAUGGCACUUUUAGUUGUCAGAGACUUUUUGCAAGUGCCAAUAUCUAUUAACGCAACACUCGGCUCAAAAGUGAAAUUCCACUGCAUUCCCUACUACUAUUCCUACCACAACGUCUCGUGGUACAUCAAUGUAACGGAUCUCAGUCAGCUAAAAUCUACAGACAUCUCACUGGUGUCUGAAACCACUGUACAGAUCACCGCUUGGCAAAAGUUUAACAAUACAUUAGUUCAUUGUAGGAUACGUGAUACCUCCAUCACCAGCCCUACAGCACUUUUGCUGAUUCAAGGAGAGCUGGGUGCAGUGGGAGAGCUUCAUGUGUCUGCCUACGGUCCAGACUCUCUCCUCAUCUCCUGGACCGCUCCCUUCUCCCUCAACAUCACCGAGUCCCGUCCUGAUCUCUGGUUCUCUCUCUCCAUCCUCACACCAGCUGGUGGCUCUCUCCCCUGUCCAGACUGCCACCACAUCACUACUGAUACCUUCUACAACCUCUCUCUCACUGGUCUCUAUCGGGGA